GCCAGUUGUCGCCCCGAAACUAGGCGGUAACGUCACCUGACUGGUUUGGUCUUAACAUGGUGGAAGUUAGGUUUAAGUCACAGAAUAGGUGCUAAUACCAGCACCGGUAGUGGAACGUGAAAGAGGAAGGUGUUUUGGCUGCCAAGGUUUUUUUGAAGGCUUGUAGCCCCUUGUACCUGUGCUAUGUCCGGCAUUGGGCUGAAACCAGUCUCUACUAAUGGGUUUACUAUGAAGUCCCAGCUUCAGAUAACUGUGCUUUCAGCAAAACUUAAAGACAACAAGAAGAAUUGGUUUGGCCCUAGUCCCUAUGUGGAAGUUGUAGUAGAUGGACAGUCAAAGAAGACAGAUAAAUGUAACAAUACACACAGCCCAAAAUGGAAGCAACAUCUUACAGUAAUUGUUACUCCACAGAGCAAAUUAAAUUUUCGAGUAUGGAGCCAUCAAACAUUAAAGUCAGAUAUUUUAUUAGGAAGUGCAGUAUUGGAUAUUUAUAAUGAAUUGAAGAACAACAGCAUGAAAUUGGAGAAGGUUAUAGUUUCUUUAGACUUGUACUGUGACAGAGAAUCUUCAGAGUCUAUGGGAGAACUUUCUGUUUGCCUAGAUGGACUACAAGUAGACCCUACACUUCUGACAAAUGGAGAUGCAAUUUCUGUAGCAACAAAUACCUCAAAGAAUGUAAAUUCUAGAAGAAGCAGUGAUGCUUUUGUAAGGACAAAUGUUGACCCACCUGCUGUGGAGCAAGCUGAGGAUCAAAGUUUGCUUGAAAAUGGUACAGUAAGUGGAAAUAAUUCUCCUUCUCUUUCUGCUGGUGUUACCAAACCUGGUAGACCUCCAAGGCCUUCUCGACCUCCACCUCCAACCCCACGUAGACCUGUGUCAUCUACCCCAGGUACAGUCUUUGCCAAUGGUCCAUCCACCUCCACUGAGAGCAGUGUGCCAAACACAGGCUCAAAUUCUACAACACGUGCACCUUCACCUUAUUCUGAUGGAGCAUCAACAACUGAUUCUUCAGCAGCUGCAGCGGGAGUACUUGACCCUCCAGCAGUAGCGCCUAGACCACCAACAGAUGUAAAUGCCACACAGAGGCUUAGCACAGUAAACCAGGGCUCUCUUCCAGUAGGGUGGGAGCAAAGAGUUGACCAGCAUGGCCGUGUAUAUUAUGUUGAUCAUGUAGAGAAGAGAACAACAUGGGACAGACCAGAGCCACUUCCUCAAGGCUGGGAACGUAGAGUUGACAAUAUGGGAAGAAUUUAUUAUGUUGACCAUAUCACCAGAACAACUACAUGGCAACGACCAACUGUGGAGUCUGUCCGAAACUAUGAGCAGUGGCAGUUACAGCGCAGCCAGCUUCAGGGAGCAAUGCAGCAGUUUAAUCAGAGGUUCAUAAUUGGGGGGCAGAAUGUGGUGGAUACAGUUCCAAAAGCAGAAUUUGACCCUCUUGGCCCAUUACCACCAGGAUGGGAAAAGAGGACUGAUGGCAAUGGUCGUGUGUAUUUCGUGAAUCAUACCACACGAACCACUCAAUGGGAAGAUCCUAGAAAUCAAGGGCAUUUGAGUGAAAAACCUCUACCAGAAGGAUGGGAGAUGAGGUUUACAGUGGACGGUGUACCAUAUUUUGUUGAUCAUAACAGAAGAACUACAACUUACAUAGACCCCCGCACUGGAAAAUCAGCUUUAGAUAAUGGACCUCAAAUUGCUUAUGUGCGAGACUUCAAAGCCAAGAUUCAGUACUUCAGAUUUUGGUGUCAGCAACUGGCUUUGCCUCAGCACAUAAAGAUCACUGUGACCAGGAAAACCUUGUUUGAGGACUCUUUUCAACAGAUCAUGAGUUUUAAUCCUCCAGAUCUCCGGAGACGGCUUUGGAUCAUCUUCCCAGGAGAGGAAGGUUUGGACUAUGGGGGUGUGGCAAGGGAAUGGUUCUUUCUGCUAUCCCAUGAAGUCCUAAAUCCAAUGUACUGUCUGUUCGAAUAUGCUGGCAAAGAUAACUACUGCCUACAGAUAAACCCAGCAUCAUACAUCAACCCAGACCACUUGAAAUAUUUCCGAUUUAUAGGCAGGUUCAUUGCUAUGGCAUUAUUUCAUGGAAAGUUCAUUGAUACUGGUUUCUCUCUGCCAUUCUAUAAAAGGAUUCUAAAUAAGCAAGUUGGAUUAAAGGACUUGGAAUCCAUUGAUCCAGAAUUUUAUAAUUCUCUCAUAUGGAUAAAGGAAAAUAACAUUGAAGAAUGUGGUCUCGAAAUGUUUUUCUCUGUCGAUAAAGAAAUUUUAGGUGAGGUCAAGAGCCAUGAACUGAAACCUGGUGGCAGCAAUAUUCUGGUGACUGAGGAGAAUAAAGAAGAAUAUAUUAGACUGGUUGCAGAAUGGAGGCUGUCCAGAGGUGUUGAAGAACAAACACAGGCUUUCUUUGAGGGGUUUAAUGAGGUUCUUCCACAACAGUACCUGCAGUAUUUUGAUGCAAAGGAAUUAGAGGUUCUUCUUUGUGGAAUGCAAGAGAUAGAUCUGAAUGACUGGCCGAGGCAUACUAUCUAUCGACAUUACACCAGGACAAGUAAGCAGAUCAUUUGGUUUUGGCAGCUUGUUAAGGAGCUUGACAAUGAGAAAAGAAUGAGAUUGCUACAGUUUGUCACUGGGACAUGCCGGUUACCUGUUGGAGGAUUUGCUGAUCUCAUGGGGAGUAAUGGCCCACAGAAGUUUUGUAUUGAAAAAGUUGGAAAAGAAAACUGGUUACCAAGAAGUCAUACAUGUUUUAACCGUUUGGAUCUCCCACCCUACAAGAGCUAUGAACAAUUGAAAGAGAAGCUGCUUUUUGCUAUUGAGGAAACAGAAGGAUUUGGGCAAGAAUAAUCACUGUACUGUUAAAUCAGAAUCAUUGAAUGGCAUAGGUUCUGCACUUUUUUAAAUCGUGCGUCUGCUUCUGUUAUAAACAUUGUCUUAAACCAGGCAAGGAUUGUCUUCAAAUGCAGGGUGUUCUUUCCAUUGUCUUGUACAAGGACCAGUAUAUGUACAUGAAGUUUAAAUGCAGGCAUGCUUUCAUGUAAUUGUAAAGCAUAAUUACUUGAUAUCAGUUUGAAUCAUUUCCUCAUUGCUUGCUGACUCUGUAGCUCCUGGAAAAUAUGUAAAUAGUCAGGUUUUCAUGUCUGAAUCUUCCACCUAAUCAAAGCUAUGUAUGCAAAGCCACAAGACAGAUUUUUUUUUUAAUUUGUACAGCAGACAAAUAUCUUUGGAGUGAUGAGAGUGUGUUCUACAAUUAGUGCUUUUUUAACCUGAAACUGUAACAAGAAGCCCUGUGUGUAACUCUGAAUCUGUCCAGAACCCCACAGAGAAGAGUUUGUAUUUGGUGUUAGAAGAGAAAAAAAUUGAAUACACAACAUACUGCAUACAACAGGGUGAACUAAAACAAUGUAGCACUUGCUUUGGUACAAGUAUUUCUUCUAAAAUUCUCAGCAUUGCUUUAGUGGUUAACCUGGAUGUGAGCAUGCCUCUGUCUGCCUCAUUCUUUAUUGGGAUUUUACCCUUUGGGAAAAAGAUGCACUGAGGGAAGCACCUUUUUCCUUAAGUAGGGUGAGAAUUGGGGACCAUUAUAACUAAAACAAAUAGUAUCUAAAUGUGGUCACAGUGAGACACUGAGGUUUUGUUCCUGGCACAGUUUGAGGAAGCUAGUCUUUAAGUAGAAAUGUGAGCAUGUUAACCUCAGCAUUUUACAUGUCCUCUGAGAAGAGUAGUUGAGGAAAAAACUGUUGAAACAGCACUUCCAGAAUAUGAAUCUGCUGCCGGGAAAACUAAGAAAAACAUAGCUGUAGUUCAGAUAAUCUUCAUGUUCAUUAUACUGUUAUUUAGAGAGCAGGACAUGGAUAAACACAUUUUUAUGUAUUGCUGACAUUGUUGGUAUGUCAUAAUUUACUAAAUCUGACAUGAUUAGGUAGGGGUGAUACUUUGUGUUGAGUACAGCAGAGAAAGCAAAGGGAGAUAGAAUUGGGGUUUAAUACAGCUAACGUUAUUUUAAGCUUCUAAUUUUAAAUUAAAAAAAACUCAGGUCAAGAGAUUAGUACAUUUUCUGCAUAACUUGAGUAUUUUAAUCUAUAUAACUGGAAUUUGUCAUUUUUUUCAGUCUGUAAUUGCUGUAGAAAAAAAAUGAAAUCUCAGAAACAUUACUGUUAAACUACAGAGAACUAUUAAGAAGCACCAGACUUGGGUACAUUUUUAGCUUAAAAGUACAUAUUCAGAAGUAAGCUAACAAUGUUUAUGUGAGAAAUGAAUUUCCCUCAUCUGUUUGCCUUAUUGUAAAAUAUCUUUAGAACAUGUUAAAUUAAUCUUGGGGAAGAAUCACAUCACAGUCUUCAAUGUAUAUGGGGAAGGAUGUUAUUCACGUCACCCGUUUUCAUUUUCAGUCAAUUCUGCAUCUGUAGUAAUGGUGCUUUGGGGUAGUAGACACACAGUACAGUUGUUCACAGGUCACUUCAUGUAUAUGUUUUUAGAUAUCAGGUUUUUCUUUCUGAGCACACAGAUAUGUGAAGUAAGCUUUCAUGCUGCAUUUCAUGUAAUGGUUGUCCUUUCUGUAUAUGUUGACAGUUUGUGAAAAACUUUUACAAGGAUCUUUGAAAUGGGUUAAAUUUUCAAUAAUGUAAGUGGUUGUGUUCUGCUAAGGUAGUAUUUUAGAUCAUCACUGCUGUCAUUUUUAGGUUUUAAUGAAAAUCAGAACAGUGUUAUGAGGUUUUGCAUUACUGUUAUCAAAAUGAAAAAAUAUAUAGUCCAGCUGUCAUUUGUUUUAGCUAGUCAGUGGGACAGAUGUCUAUAUAUUCAGAAACACUCCUUUUGCACCCAUUAGCCUAGCAGAUGAAGAGGGAAUGAUGUAUACAACUCAGUGCAGGAAAGGUGACCAGGUUGUGGAGAUCAGAGUUGCAUGAAAAGUGUGAUCUUUUAAACCUUUCUUCCUUUAGGGAAAUAGUUACAUAGCAACUGAAAUGAGUAAUGCUUUAAUUGUUGUAGCUCAUCUUUCACACUACAUAGCAAGUACUGUUGAUGUAGAGUAAAAUCUUAAGGCCUGGGUGACCAAAGUUUGAUUAACUACUUUGGUGUUUGAUGAUACUGGCAAGAGAAGAAUGGUUAUACUUAUCUUGGGGGAGGAAGGUUAACAGGAAGGACAUAAAGUAUCACAGUCCCUCAGAGGGGGGUUAGCAGUGCAGAGACUAUCGUGUGGGAGCGGGCUUUCAUCUCCCACAACCACUGCUUGGUGAUGGCCUUCAAAAGCAGGUGUGCAGGAGCAUGCACAGAGGAACAUGUAGUGGGUCAUGUAAUACAGGAAGCUUCACCCUGCCUUAGAGGGUGGGAUUAGGAUAACAGAAAACACCCUCACUUUUAAGCAAUGGCACAGGCAGCAAUCAUGGCUGCCUGUAUGAUGGAUAUCGCCAUCUAGGUUUUCUGGGGUAUUGUUCAUCUUACAAAAGAAUGGAUGACCCAAGUCUGAUAAGGGAUGACUUAAAUGUUCAUCAGGUAUAGGGCCAGAGAUGAAAUAAAAAGAAAUGUUCACACUGCAAUGUUUCUCAUUGUGAAGACCAUUUGAGUUCACCUCUCCAAAGGCUUAUAAAUGCAGUAAUGUGUGUGUGUGUGUGUGUGGGGGGCGGCAUUUCACUUAUAGUGGUACCUAUGGUAAACCAAAGAGUUCUCAAAUCUCCAUAGGGUUGUUGCAUAGCCCCUUCUGUUGGCUUUUGUGAGCCUUGUAAAUAGUGAAGGCUUCCUUCUCCUCUGCCGUUGCAAUUGUUUCAUAGUACUGCAUUGGUGUUUGUGCUAACAGGGCUACCAUUAGUACUUAAAAAGUGUAAAUAAAUGGAUAAUAGAAAAAGAUAGAGAUUUUUCUGUAUAGUCAAAGUCUGUCUUUUUCACCUUACUUUGUGUCUGGUUUCAAAAGAAAUCCUCUCUAUUUCCAUUGGUUGCAUCUCUACUUUGCACCAUUAAAUCAUGUGUAAAUCAGUGUAGUCAUUUUGUAUGUUAAGAUGUGGUCCACUGUUUUGUUUUCCUGUAUCUGAUUCUAUUGUAUCACAGUAGUUUAAUGCCCACUGAUGUAGAGGCAGAAAUAAGAUGUAAAGCUUUUUAACUGUUUAACCCUUGGUAUGUGGUUGCAGGAAGCACUAGGGCACUUCCAUACCUAAAUCCUGUAGGGGGAGCAUUAAGUGCCUAAAAUGGUGGUGCAUUUUUCUACUGUAGUGCAGAGCCUGGACCAAGAUGGUGUAUGCAUCAGACCCAUUUUGUUUUAUUACCUGAUUAAGAUGGGACUAUGGAAAACUCUUAAACUGUUCUUGAGUACCUCUCCUAGACAGCCAUGGGCAUGAUUAUGUUUUGCACUGUGCAAUGAAUCAUUGUAGUAUUUACAGAGAAAUUUAUUUUAAUUACACAGCAUUAGUAGACUGUGGGAAAUAAACUGGGUGUAACAUUGUGAGAUAAUGUACAGUACACAAUAAAAAUGGCUAUAGACCUUGUUCUGUUAAGUAUAUGGAUAGUGCUUACAGCUUUUAAUUGUUAAAUAAUAUAAAAUAUGUUUAAAUUGUAUAAAUUUAACUUUAAAAAUAAGGCUUUCUGCCCUAUAUUUUUUAAAAUACAGAUCAGCUCUACUUGAAAUAGCCUGGACUCUAGUUUUAUAGAGCCUGGCUGUUUUAAUAUUUUUAUGGGUGAAAUGAUUAGUCCUUAAUGGGGUCAAUGCCUGUAUCUAUGUGUAUAUACUUUUGGAUCUGGAAGGGAUUUUUUUGUGUGUUUGGCCCCACAGUAAUAUUAAUUUAAGGUAGGCAUAUUUAAUUUGAGUCUAAACUGCUGUAGAGUGGAGAAUGUAUAACGUAAAGGGCUGGACAUCCUGAGGACUGUGUUAGUCAAAGUUGUUAUAAUCAUGCAAAUAAAAUAUACAAUUUAUUGAAGGAAA